UGUCCCAUUUUGGGGGACUGGGUCCUAGCGUUGUGACGUCAUUUUGUUGGGUUAUUUCGCGGGUUYCCGGUCCGCUCUGUAGACGCACACGUACUUCGAUCAGAAAUAACAUCUAAAAUGGACUCAGAAAACGAAACAAAUGCAAGCGAAUCAGCGUGUGAAUACACCUCAGACACAGAUGGAAGUAUUAAUAAHUCGGGAGACGAGAGCGACUCAGAAGCGUCGGCAGAAAUUGUGAUCGAAGGCCAAUUCAUUCCUUACGCCAAUGAACCUCUAGCACCACCAGACUACGAAAGCGAUUCGGAAGACAACCCUGAAGACCCUGAUGGGUUGCAUCCGCAAACUCUUGCCGACAGGGAAGAUGRAGUUAUAUCGAUUGAAACCUGGUGCAAAUGUAAACACUGCAAGACCGAAAAUCUAAGUGGCGCGCUCGAGCAUCGUUGCUGUAUGGAAGUUUUGAACAUUCAAGGAAAGUUAGUCUUCGAUGGAACUAUAGAAACUCUACAUUGCAUAACACAGCAUGACGAUUAUAAAGCCAUAACUAACAAGGCUGUAUUACAAAAUGUUGCCCCCUUACUGAAGUGCAAAAAUGGUCGAUCGUACCGACGCCGACCCGGAGUUGCAGAAAAUGAGUUUCUUUGUUCGGUAGCAUAUCGCUGGACAAUAAGAUGGCUUUGUGGAUACUUAGGAUGGGACAACACAAGACCUUUGGCUGCCUGUAUUUACGAAGAUAUAAGAACAAGAUACCAGACAAGACAUCUUCAGCCAAGAGGAUAUAGGCAGUCGUAGACAUUGGCACAACUACUUACAUGUACUUCCUAUCAUGUCCUAUACCUAUUAUCUAUACUUCUCGGUUUUGCAUUAUUAAUAUAAAUUUUUAGCUU